UGGGAAACUAGGAAGCGGUUCCGGGGUAGGGCGCGUGUUAUCGCGGAGGCUGCGGCCCGCGACCGGCCAGCGAGCCCCGCGUGCAGCGCGCCAGUCCGCGCCGAGCCUCCGUCGCCGCACCACGUGUCACGUGGCGCCACUACCGCCGCGCACGCGCGAACGCGAUCGAAAUAUCAAAACAUAACAAAAAAAAAUUUCACGCCACCCACUUGCCAACGAAAAUUGACAGUGACGUUUCGGGGGGAGCACGGUGACAAUAACACGCAUUCGUAUUAUGUAGUUUACAAAAAUUAUUUACGUGAAUAUAGUGAAAAAUUUUCAGUGGUACGAUCAACUGGUGAAUUCUGUGCGAUCGAUUGGUGUCGCAGUGAUUGUGUUCAGUUCCGACGAUGGAUAGUGGCAGCCCGGCAGGUUAGGCGUGAUGAUGCGCAAAGAGAACGCCGGCGCUCCCGGCGGGACAGAGUUCUCGCUGGACGCAUCCGACUGCAUCACGCUGCAGCAGAUCUUGCAGGCCUUCAACUCGACCAUCAGCGAGGAGCAUGCGUGGGCCCUGUUCUACCAGGCGGCGCGCUGCUUCCAGAAGUGCAUGUCGGAAGGGGCCACCUGUUACCUGGCCACGGAGCCCCGCCAUGUGCUGCUGCACAAGGACGGCACCGUACACCCCACCACGCUGCUGAAUCCAGGAGAUGACAGCAGUAGAGAGGAGGUUACUUCAGAGCAACAGUUGGUGGUAAAUUUGGCGCUAGUAAUAUAUCAUGCGUUGGAUUAUACGCAUUCAGAGGACGAGGAACGGCUCAUAUCGCCGGACCUCGAGGGACUUAUUACAGAGAUGACGGCGUGUGAUACCACAGAUGAUGACGAAGAAUGCGGUGCACUAUCCGAAGGUUCAGAGACAUCAGAAUGCGGUCGGGCGGAUACAGACGACGAGGGUAUUGAAAGAGACUCGGAGCCAGCUCCAAGAAGACGGCGCCGGCGUAGACGGUUUAUGCUUAAAGAUGUCAUAGAGCGCUGCGUCUGGCACUGUGGCGGCGGCGGGCGCUGUGCCCGCGAAGCCGCUGCAGCGCACUACCGCGCUGUAUGUCGCGCCCUCGUCGCUGAAGCGCUGGAACUGGCCUCCUUCCUCGCGAGGGUUCGAGUCGGAGGAGCAAGGGACAUGGGAGCCGCUGAGGACUCCGCCGCGCAUCUCGACACGCUACGGUUUUCAGACUGGUCAAACCGAAGGAUUUGGAGAGCAUUACAAGCGCGGUUUUGGAUGCAAGUCAUCGGAGAGUUACGGAUGGGUGUAAAAUUAAAGAAAGUAAAUUAUUCAAGGACACCAAUAGAGUACGAGUUAACGCCGUACGAAAUAUUAAUGGACGACAUUAGGUCCAGGAGGUACACGCUUAGGAAAGUUGACGGCGCGAUACCUCCAAGUGUAAAGAAAGACGCUCAUGCAAUGAUACUUGAGUUCAUUAGAAGUCGACCUCCACUCAAAAAGGCGUCAGAUCGCAAGUUGCCGCCACCCCGCCGAGAAGUAACACCAAGAGAGAAACUCCUCGCGUCCAUCCAAGUCGGGAGGCAACUCCGACCCACUCCUUACUCCAGAAGAUUAUCGACAAGUGGAGCUGGUAGUGGUCCAGGCGGGGGCGACUCAAGGCGAGGCGGUGACGUCACGCCGCAUGCGCAACCCCAGAGGCGACUUAUCAAAGUGGACUUUGAUAAUCUUGAGGACGAUGAAGAUGAGGAUGACACAGAAACUUGCACAAGCCCUGAAGUAUGCGCACCACAACCUUUCCCAAGGCACACAGCCCCACAGCAACAAACCCCCAAACCUUGGAAGAGGACCGAGGAGCCUCCACGGGCGCCGCCGCGCACGCGCAUCUCCCACGACGAGUACCACCAGUUCUGCGACCAGACCCUCGAAUCAUAUGAUCUGGCGACGCAGUGCCCAUCACGGCGAGCGUCAAUGCGACGUCAUACCGUGACGCACACCGUCUGCCCUACCACCAUCGAUGGAGCUCACUCAUUGCCGCAUUCAAGGCCGGGAUCUCGUGCAUCAUGCGCCGGCGCAGCGUCCCUGGCGAGCAGCGACGCAGACGCACAGCUCGGGGAGUUAUCCUGGUCACGGUCUAGUUUGCAGGACGAGCUUAUCAAGUCGGUUAGUGGCAGCCCCAACAAUGGCUCGCAUAAACAGUGGCAAGAUGCCAUAAUGUCUGACGACCGGUUGUCUCUGACCCUGGAAGAGAUUGUUCACAUCAGGUCUGUGCUGACGAAGGCUGAACUGGAAGUACUGCCCGUUGAAGGCAGGGUAAAGGAAGACGUUGAAAAGAGAAGAGUAUGUUUCUUGUGUUUGAAGACCAGAUUCGGAAUUUUUGGUCCUUGGGGCCAGAAAUGUAAACUUUGUAAAAAGACUGUCUGUCAAAAGUGCUGUUCAAAGAUGCGUAUCCCGACGGAGCACUUCGCUCACGUACCAGUGGUGCUGCUGAGCCCCUCAUUACUUCCCUCCCCGGAGGACGAGGCGCACUCCUCGUUCCCCAGGAGUCUCAUGUCCAGGCUCGUUUCUCCUGAGUACUCGAGCAUGGUAGAGAACAGUGUAGGCAGUGCGCCGAGUAGUCCGGCGGCGCCUCGUCGGGCGCCGACGGCGGCGUGCGGCGGCGCGGGCGCGGCGGCCCACAGCGCGCCCGGCUCGCGCGGCGGCUCCGCGCUCGGCUUCUCCGACCAACUGUCCGUGCCGCCGCACGCCAUGUCGCGCAGCGUCGACGGCCCGCAGGCCAUGUCGCUCGUCAACACUCCGCCUUCUACGCUGGACCGCAGAGCGAGGUACGGUCGCAGUACGACGGGCGUGACGGCGGCGGAACGUCUCCGAGGCGUGCAGAUGGCGGUGUGCCACGACUGCAAGGCGAUGGUGCUGCAGAUCAUCAAGUCGUCGCGCGCGUCCCGCUCCGCGUCCCGCGACCGCGCGCUGCGCCACCUCACGCUGGACCUGGCGCCCGUCUACACGGCCGACUGUUAGUGCACUCGCCACUCUCUCCAGCGGCACUCCGCCGUACUGUGACCUGCUAAUAAAAACAACGGCUGGCCCCGAGUGCAUCUACCAUUCAGAAAUAAAAUUGGUGUAUUCAACCCUAAAACUCUAUCACACAAUCGAUUCUACUGAACUUUAAAAACAAAUCGGUUCGAAGUGAAUUCGUAUACUAGUGCACUCAAGACAUUUCCCGCCUCUUGUUAGCAACACAGUGUAACGUCAGAUGAAUGUUAGCGCGUUCACCAUACAUCGGUCGAUUACCACCGACUCGCUGGUGCCAGUGGGAUACAUCUCUACGUGUUUCUACUGCGACGCAACAUAGAUAGUAUUGGAUGGUCGUCAAACGCCUUCGAGCCUUCAAGCUUUCAUUCCCAUACACCCAAACUAUGUUAAUUUAUUCAUUACCUCACGAAUACUGCAAUCUAAUCGUUCUGUAGUUAAUAGAAGUACCAUCACGAACCUUCCAAUAGUACGCAUCAGUCAAUUUUAUUUUGCAUCUUUUACCUAGCUUAUAUAAAACUCUGUAUUUAAUUUUUCAUAUUGUUAUUUUUUAAUAAGAAAUCAGAAUUGUCGGUCAUUCUUAGAUUAAAUUAUUAGAUAAAUCCGAUACCUACAUAAUUACCUAUAUAUUUAAUAAUA